GCGCCAGCUUGCCGUCGAUCCGUGCUGGAGGAGUGGAGCAGGACAGCAGAAGGGCCCCGCUGGUUUUCCAAUGCUGGGGAUCCGGGGAGCAGCAGCUGCGGGCGGCGGGGAGGCGGACGCCGGGCCGCCGCGGCCGCCGGGCCCGUCGCAGAGCGCGGAGGAGGCGCCGCCCGGACGCGCAGGGUGUUUCCUCACCGGCCUGGUGAAGUGGAAGCAGAGACCGUGCAGGACUUCAGCGCUGUUUGCUGCAGUUAACGCGGUGUUGUGGUUUGUGGCCUUCAGCUCCCUCCGAGCCUACAGCCUCCUGGCCGGGCUGCUGGCGCUGCUGGUCGUCACGGUGACCGUCAGAGACGUCACUCGGUCCAGAUACUCCGGUUGUCACCUGUGGCACAGCAUGAAUGCAAGCUGGGAGAUCAUCGACCCGGGACGCGACCGCCGCUCCGGGACCGGACCUCAGCUCAGCGACUCCCUCAGAGUGUUCCUCCAGGAGACGUCGGCUUUCAAACAGCAGAACCCGGGCAAGUUCUGCCUGCUGGUCUGCAGCUUGUGCACCUUCUUUGCCGUCAUGGGACGCUACAUUCCAGGCAUUGUCAUCUCAUAUUUUGCCGUUCUCGCCGUUUUCUUGUGGCCUCUGGUUUCGUCUCAUGAGGUCGGUUUGUGGCUGAAGCCAGUUCUGCAGAAGCUGGACUUCGGCAUUGGAGACUUCCUUCAGAAACUCAAAGAGAACCGCGAGAGGAGAGUCCUCCAGGCUGAGAGGGAGGGCAUCGAAUCGGACCUGUCCUCCAUGUUCCCCAAGCUCGACUCCACGGCCUGUAAGGAAAUGUCUGUAUCGGACACGGAGGCGUCGGACGUGACGUGGACGGACACCGGCACCUUCAACCUGUCGGAGGGACACACGCCUCAGACAGAGACCUCGGACGAUCUGGACCGGGAGGAGGCCUUCAGCGGUGGGCUCCCAGAGUUCCCUUCACUGGACAACGGUGCGACGACCAACGGCGACGACGACGACGACCUCGACCUCGGCCUCGACCUCCACCUCCCCGCUGCUCGGCGCCGGCACCGGGCCCGGUCCGAGCCCGCGCCUCCUGCCGCGGCGCUGGGUGUGGUGGGUCACAUGGCCGGAGAAGCCAUCGCGGCCGCGGUCUCGGCCGCCAUGCAGGAGCAGAUAGAAGCGGCCGUGAGCUCGAUGGCGCCGUCAUCCGGGCUCCUGGAGCUGGACGACGAGUCGGACAGCGACGCCGAGGACUUCGAGCUGCUGGACCAGUCGGAGCUGGAGCAACUGGAGGGCGAACUGGGACUGGGAGAGAAGAAGGACCCGGCCCGCGCGGAGGAGGGCGACGAGCCUGCUUCUCCUGGCUUCCUGUCCAGACUCCUCAGGCGCCACUGACUGACGGCUGAAGGUGGAGGGAUGAGGUCAGGAGUCCUUCCAUUCAUUAUCGGAGCUAACGUGAACACUUCAAACGCAUCGGUCGAUAAAACGAUGCGUUUGAAAUGAGCCCGAUUUUCACCGACUCCGUUGGUGGAGGGGAUAAUCGGGCUCUCGCUGUCGUAGAAAUGUGUAGAAACAGUGUAUAAAUACUUAUCUCUUUCCUUUUUUAUAUGUUUUUAUCCACAUUUGAAGAGUUCUUGACAGAUAUUGUGUAGUCUGAUCCUUGAUGGUCGGUCGGUCGGUCGAGAUAUUUGAACCUACUCGUGAUUUUAAUCAGUUGCUGUGGUGACAUUUGUCUUUUAAAAGCAGCAUUUAUCCCAUUUGAAGUUUAGCAAUCAUUAAUAAUAAAAGUUAACAGUCUGAGUAUUUCUGAAAACAGUCACGACCUCCUUGUUAUUGAAUGUCGUGAACAUAAACACAGGGUUUAAAUCAUGCUUUCUAUGAACUUACAGCUUCUCAGUAGUGUGUUAAACAUUUAAUUGCUCUGUUUGUCUUAUUUUUGCCUAAUCUCCAACAUGGAACUGAUUUUCCAGCCGAAUUACCCAGAAUUCCACAGACACCAGACAAAAUGACAAUCACUAAUCUUCAAAGUGAAGAUAUGCAGUUUUAAUGCUUGUUUAUUUCCAUUUAAAAAGUUGUAUUUAAAGUUUUUUAUUUCUCACCGCCUACGUUGUUAUGGCUUCUAUUUGCAGCAGGACUCUCUGCCUGUUCAUUAAAUAAUGAAACAUCUCACUCAUGUUACGCUUUGUAUUAGCAAAAGAUGGAAACAUUAGUUUUACUGCUCUUUGUGGAGCUGCUCUUAACAUGAGGUCAAUGUAAUAACGUGAUGUGAUUAAACUCCAGAAUGCAAAUAAACCGUUGUAACCACCA